UUCGCUUCCCUUCCCCUGAACUUGGUCUCAAUGGCGGCCCACCCCCCGCUGACACGGAGCUUGUGCGUCUGGGCCUCCCUGCCCACGGAGGCGCGAUCCUCUUUUCUGUUCUAAAGAACUUGGCCUCACGGCCUCCAGCGCCCGGCACUGAGGUUUCUGAUGUUUCCGUCGUCUGCUUCCUGGGUGACGUUCAGAUCCCGGUUGUCUCCGCUUCUAAGGUUCUGGCUUUUCCAAACCCAGAAGGCAGUGCAUGAAGCCAGGGGACAUCAGCCAUGCUCCAAACAACUUGGCCUCAGGAGCUGGUGACCUUUGAGGAUGUGGCCAUGUACUUCACCCAGAAUCAGUGGGCCAGCCUGGACUCUGUGCAGAGGGCCCUGUACAGGGAGGUGAUGCUGGAGAAUUAUGCAAACAUGGCUUCCUUGGUAUCAUUUCCAUUCCCCAAACCUGUUCUGAUCUCCCAGCUGGAGAAUGGGGAAGCGCCUUGGAGCCCAGAUCCCUGGGAAGCAGAGGUUUUGAGAAGUAUCUGUCCCGAUGGUGAGUCCUGGAUCAAGAAUGAAGAGCCAGGUAUUAAGCAGGAAGUCUGUGAAGAAACAGAAUUGCACAGAAUGCCAGUAGGAGGACUUCUCCGGAAUGUUUCUCAGCACUUUGAUUUUAAAAGCAAGGCAAUGAGGCGAACUUUCAGUCCAAAUCCUAAUCUGAUAUUUCGAGGUGGAAUGAAGUUCUAUGAAUGUAAAGAAUGUGGGAAAAUCUUCAGAUAUAACUCCAAACUUAUUCGGCAUCAGAUGAGUCAUACUGGGGAAAAGCCCUUCAAGUGUAAGGAAUGCGGCAAAGCUUUCAAGUCUAGCUAUGACUGUAUUGUGCACGAGAAAAAUCACAUUGGAAAAGGGCCCUAUGAAUGUAAAGAAUGUGGCAAAGGUUUAAGCUCCAACACAGCCUUGACUCAACAUCAAAGAAUCCAUACUGGAGAGAAACCCUAUGAGUGUAAGCAGUGUGGAAAGGCUUUUCGCAGGAGUGCAGCCUAUCUUCAGCAUCAGCGAUUACACACUGGGGAGAAACUCUAUAAAUGUAAGGAAUGUUGGAAAGCUUUUGGUUGUAGAUCGCUUUUUAUUGUUCAUCAGAGAAUUCAUACUGGAGAGAAACCCUACCAAUGUAAGGAGUGUGGCAAGGCAUUCACUCAGAAAAUAGCCUCCAUUCAGCAUCAGAGAGUUCACACUGGGGAGAAGCCUUAUGAAUGUAAAGUGUGUGAAAAAGCCUUCAAAUGGUAUGGAAGCUUUGUCCAGCAUCAGAAAUUGCACCCCGUAGAGAAGAAGCCCGUCAAAGUUCUUAGGCCAUCCCUGAUCAGUCCCCAGUGUCCCUCUCCAAACUUAUCUCUUAUUUCUCUCCAGGGUUCGUGCUCUUCUCCAGCUUUGACAGUGCCUUCACUGACCUUUCCACAUGCUGUGCUCAUUCCUACCUCUGGGCCUUUGUUUAUGCUGCUGCCCACUUCAGGAAUACCUUCUUCACCUGUCCAAAUAGUACAUGUCUUUCAGGGUGUGAAGCCUUCCCCAGUCAUUGUGACCCCUACUUCUCACCCACCAUGAGCCUUAUCUUGGUGCUCCUGUGGCACUCCUCAGAAAAUCUCCAACCCAAUUUGAAUUUCAUUUGCAUUUUUUCUCCCCUCGUGUGUUAAAACUGCAUCAGCUUAAAUUGCAUUGCAGUCUGCUUAUAUUUAAAAACUGUAUUUAUGUAAUAUACUCUCUUUUCUUCUGGGUAGAAAAAUGGAAAUACUUGACCCUUGCAAUAGUCCCAUUUAGGCUUGAACAGUAAUGGCUGUGCCUGCAUUGUGGGGUGCCUGGUGUUAAAACUGCUGGGAGUACUCUUUGGACGGGAAAUUCCUGUAUUAGGCCAUUGUGAGAAGCAGCCUGGGAGAAACAGGAGGAGCCAUGUAGGACCUGUGGGAGUAGAGAAAUGGAAUAAGUUAGAAAUUGUUUAGUGGGCCAGUGGCUAGGUGGUAUAUUAAUGCAAUUGAAGUUGUGUUGUCCUUGUCAUGCGUCAUUGAGGAUCUCAUACAUCUAUGCAAAAGAGCAUGUGAAAUAACCAGUUUAAAAAAAAAUGUAUGUAUUUAAAGCAAUGAUAGCAAUCAUUUACAUGAUUGAUAAUGAUCAUGUAAAAUCAUGUCUUAAAACAUAAAGGAGGUUUUUUUUUUUCUUUUGCUCUUGAUGUCUAGUUUUUUGGGGGGACAGGAAGCAGACUUUAUUUUACUUUUUGAACAAACUUUUUAUUUUAGAAUAGAUUUAGAUUUAUAGAAAAGUUGUCAAGGUUCUACAGAGUUUCCGUAUACCCUGCACCCAGUUUCCCUUUUAUUAACCUCCUACAUUGGUAUGGUACAUUUGUGAAAAUUAAUGAACCAGUAUUGAUACGUUAUUGCUAAUUAAAGUCCAUGAUUCAGAUUUCCUUAGUUUUACCUAAUGUCCUUCUUUCUGUUCCAGGAUCCCAUCCAGGAUACCACAUUACAUUUGGUAGGCAUGUCUCCCUAGGUUCCUCUUAUCUAUGAGUUUCCUAGUCUUUCCUUAUUUUUGAUGACAAAGUUUUGACAGUUUGGUGGAAUACUGGUCAGGUAUUUUGUAAAAUGCCCUUCAGUUGGGGUGUGCCUGAUUUUUUUUUCUCCUACAAUUAGACUGGGGAUUUGGGUUUUUGGGAGAAAGAUCACAAAGGUGAAGUGCCAUUUUCAUCAUAUCGUAUCGUAUCAUAUCACAUACAUAAUAUCAACAUGACUUACCACUGUUGAUGUCGACUUCAAUCACCUGGCUGAGGCAGUGUUUGUCAUAUUUCUCCACUAUAGAGUUAUUCUUUCUUUCCCCUUUUCCGUACUGUAUUGUUUAGUUAAUAUGUACACUCCACACUUAAGGAGUGGGGAGUUAUGCCCCAUCUCCUUGAAGGCAGAGCUCAAUCUCCUUGAGGGCAGAGUAUCUACAUAAAUUAUUUGGAAUUCUUUUGCAAGGGAGAUUAGUCUAUUCUGGGGG